ACCGACUUAGCGAAUUGAUAAAAAGGAUAUUUAUAAAACAAUCCGCGUUUUUAUGUGCAAUCACAUUUAUUUCAUUUCUUAUGGGAACGAAAAUUUCAUUAGAGCAGCAUACUGCCAUUUUGGCUAAAAAAACAAACAAACCUUUUGCUUGACGCUUUUCAUUGUUAUAAUUAACACUUUCUGACAACAUUAGAAAAAUUUAUGCAUGCUAAUCAUGUCCAAGUGUUCCCUGUGCCACAUAUAUCUUGGUGACACAAAAGACUUUUCUGAAGGAGAAAAUGCUAAGGGAAUUCUACUAUUGGCAGGAGUUAAGCCUUGCAGGGAAUCCAAAGGAAUUGCAGCAGUUUGUAAAAGUUGUGAAGAUGGAAUUUUCAAGUUUAAAGAGUUCUUGCAAAUAACACAGCAAGCAAGAAAAAAGAAUGGUGGGGGUGAAUUGGAGUUUUCUAAUAAGGUCGUGAGUUCGAUAUUGUCUUCAGAAGUAGAAGAGACAUCGCCGGUUCGAAGGAGCUCCAGAAGGUCUGGUAACCGUUUGCAAAGUGCAGCUCAUAGUAACGAUUCUAAUACAACAGCAGUCUUAAGCAGCAAUGUAGAUAAAGAUAUCCAAUGUCGAAUGGAUAUUACGGAGCCCAGUACGAACAAAAGUUCAAAUGUUGGGAAGAAGAGCAAAAUAUCCGCGAAUGUGGCAGAUAUUAAAAAUACUGACAAGCCCUUAAAAUAUAAAAAGAAAACCAAGUCGGAAAAUCCCAAGGGUAGAAAUAGAAAACCUCAAUUAGACCACACAGCAGCCAACACAAACACAGUAGAAGAAAAUAUAACAUUUGAUUAUAACGUUGCUAAUAAUGAACAUGUAAAUGCAACAACUGCAAAUGCAGAAUAUAAAAAAAUACAUGACGCCGUUUUUGCUAAACGCCCUCGUGGAAGGCCGCCUAAGUGUAAACUAACCCCUACCAAAGUCACUGACAACAAUGCCACCAAGCUAAAAAUGACAAAUACCGAACUGGCGUCUGCUACCGAUGAAGAGGACGGUAAAAAAAUUCUGGAAACUAAAGCUGUUUGCGCCUACGUAAAAAUAUCAAAUGAAAUAUGGGGAGAUUUAGUGGAACUAGAGCGUCAAGGAAUUGCUUAUAAAUCCCGCAUUAUUUGCCGCAAAUGCUCACUUGUAUUUAUUUUAGAAAAAAGAUUUCGGGAUCACCUUUUAUUAGAACAUGCAUACUCGGAAGAUGAAUUAGAAUCCCUAAAGCAGUCCAUAAAAAAUUUGCAUUACAAUUGUAAAAUUUGUGACAAAGUUUUUAAAGAUCACAUAACGGCGCGAAGGCACUUUAAAAUCAGCCAUAGCAUCGAUAGACCAUUAAAAUGUCCCAUGUGUCCGGCGACAUUUAAGCAUGCCUUUAAUAUGGACUAUCAUGUAUCAAGACAUCUUAAUGUCAGGGAUCACCAUUGCACUUUGUGCGAAAAGAAAUUUAUUUUGCGCAACGAGUUGAAACUGCACAUGCGGACGCAUACAGGUGAAAAACCCUACAUAUGUUCGGUUUGCCAGAGGGGUUUUUCGCACAAGUCAAAUUUAGUAAAACAUACCCGUAUUCAUGAGACGGAACGCAUUCCCAUACAGACAAUAUUGGAGGAAACAAAUAGUACUGUAAAACAGGAACCGCAAGAAAAUUGGUCACCAACUCAGUUGGAGGAGUUUUCUUAUGUUGCUUCAACAAGAACGGACAGUGUCAGCACCACACCAGACAAAUAUAUAUCUCCAGCUAAAUCGAAAGCCAAUUCUCCAAAAAAUGUCAUAAAACAAGUUUCUGCAAGAUCUAAGGAAAUAAAUAGAGUUCCCAUUGCUCCUGUAAAAAAAAUCACUCUCAAUCAUUACUUUGCAAAACCGAAUAUCGUCGAAUCUCCCGAUAUAACAACAAUUUCAAAGCCAUUAUCAACUCCACAGAGAAGCCAUGACAUAAAAAAAGAGACUGGUUCACCAGAAAUCCUUGAAUAUCAACACAAAAAUGUCAAAUUUACCAUAGCAAAUAUAAUGCCGGAUAAGAAAGCAAGAAUUGCAGAUGAAACUGUUUUUACAUUGCCCAUGUCUGGGGAACCCUUGGAAAACGUACUUGUUAGAAAUGACAUUGCCGAAAGUUCUGUACCAAGUGACAACAAGCUUGGAUCACUUCCAUCCAGUGAGAAAAUAACAAAUGCCCCCAACAAUGCGGUUAUGUCGAUGCAAAUAUCAGCCGAAGACUCCAAUGAGUAUCCAUCUAAUCAACAACUAAAUAGCAGAUUUCUCAUAACGCAAGACCCUUCAUGUUAUAACAUUUCUUCGAGGACAACAAUUUCAAACCCAAGUUUGAGGAAAAAUAACAUAAAAUAUCAAAUAUCAACCCAUUCCUUGUUAAAAAGCAAUUCACAAACACCUGUUGUCGAUAUUACCUCCCCUCCCAGGCAGGAACACUCUAACCAAGAAUCAGAAAAUCCAAAUCCCUCUAAGCAAUCAGGCUCCAAGCUGAAAAUAAGAAAAGUAGAAGUGUUUCCUUCACUGAAUACAAGUGGUAAUGACGAAUGGCCUACAAAACCAUCUUGUCCACCAAAUUUAGUUGAAAUACCACCAGAAUAUACUUAUCAAUGUCCCAUAUGCUGGAAAUGCUUUAAACAUAAAUCCCCCUUAAAUAAACACAUGAGAACACAUACCGGUGAAAAGCCUUACAAAUGCAAUUUAUGUCCCAAGUCAUAUGCAGAUGCAACAAAUUUCAAACGUCACAAAAGUUUACACACCAAAGCUGCAGAUGAGUUGAAUAUAAAAAAUAUUGCCAAAUAUCCCAAACCACCAGCUUCUCCCACACCGUCGAUCGCAGCUUCCGAUCCCGAUCCAGAUGGAAUAGAAGCAAUGGAAACUGUGGAGAGACUUGAAUUGUCCUGUAGUGAUGACGAUAUGGACAUAUUAGAUGCUUUGGAAAAUGCCUUAUUAAGUCGAGAUAUAAAGGAGAGUUUAGCCUUAGUUAUAUCAGCAAAGAACGAAAAGGCAUUGCCUUCAAGUUGCUUAAGUAACGAAAACCCAGAUUAAAAGAUUUUGUAUGUUUCUUGUAUUUGUUUGGCCUAAGCGUACAAUAUGGAUUAUGGAUGGCAAUUCAAGUAGAGUUGCGUUGCCAGAAAAUAAAAUCAUGAAAUAAAAAAUAAUAUAAAGUUGAUAAUUUUUGUCAGUCUCAUGCGA